GGUAUUACUGUCAAAUGGUCAAACUUCCGGUUUGAGAAAACGCAGCAUUUUGUUGAGUUUUUAGAGAAACUUGCAGCUAUUACGCCUUUUCCACAACAAAAUGGAUUGGCAAUUAACGUGUCGGGUGUGUCUAGAAACCGGGGACAUGGUUUCCCUCUUUGAUUGGGACGAAAAUAACGAACAACUUGGCGACAAGUACACCUUCUGUUGCGGCGUGGAGGUGAAUAAAAACGAUAGUUUGCCAACGCUAAUAUGCUUGAAUUGCGUCGAUCGGCUAACUUACGCGUAUCAAUUCAAGCAGCAGUGUAUAACUUCCAACGAUACUCUCAAAGAAUGUUUGGAAGAAUUCAAAAAGUCUUCGGAAGCCGUGUCGGGAGGGAGCUCCGCCAAUGUACCAACGGAGACAGAAACAAUCACAAUAAAGCAGGAGAAUGGUCUGCUUCUCCAAUACGAGUUGCCGGUGGAGCAUGACCCUCAAGGCCAAUGGACUCGCACAUUGGUGAAAACUCCCAGCAGUGCCGUUGUGACUAAGGCUCCGGGACCCAGGAAGAGAGGACGGCCUAGGAAAUAUCCUAAUGAACAGGGACAGAUUGAACUCUCACCGUACCAACGCAAGAAGCCUAAAAACCAAGAAAAGGAACCGGAAGCCUUAACCACACUCCUGGCCGCUGGCUCCCUGGACCUCAAACAAGAGCCCAUUGACAAUGAGGAUGAUGCUUUCGGUCAUGAGGGUGAGGGUCAUCAGUUUAGCAUUGAAUUUGGCAGUGCAGAUGAUGAUCCUGACUUUGAGCCUGCUGGAGAGGAACAGGAAUCUGAACCAGAAACUAAAGAAUUGAAUCCUCCGCCCCGCAAGCGCGGCCGACCACGCAAGUCCUUGCAAGACAAGCCUACUAAACCCAAACCUAAGAAACAGGACGGUGAAGAUGUGCUACUCAAGGAAACUAUCCUGGCAUUCUCCGAGCCCAUACCGGAACAUAUACUCAAUCCAAAGCCUAAGAAGAAGUAUCAGAACAAGAAGAAAUAUAUUUAUGAGAAGACGCACACAUGUGAGACUUGCGGCGCAUCGUUUACAUCCAACGCUUCUCUACAGGCGCAUAUUCGACGCCAUCUUGGAAUCAAACCGUUUGUUUGCAGUGUAUGCGGCUUCGCUUGCGUGAUGCGCGAGGCGUUGAAGCGUCACAUGCAACGUCACACCGGAGAGCGGCCGUACAAGUGCCGGAUAUGCGAUCGACGGUUCGGAGACUAUGGGACCCGGCAGAAGCAUGAGAGAUUACACAUGGGCGUCCGUCCGUACCAGUGUUCGCUGUGCGGCAAAUCCUUCACGUACUCCUACGUGCUCGCCAACCAUAUGCUCACUCACACCGGGGAGAAGAAAUACUCUUGCGGCCCCUGCAACAAGAAAUUCACGAAAGCCCACCACCUAAAAUACCACAACAAGGUACAUCACAAAGAGCUGUACAUACAACAGCAACUUGAACUGGAAGCCAAGAAGAUGCGCCAACAGAUCAACGUGUCCGGCCUGUCCGGGGUCAUCUCCGGACAGAUUGUGGAUGGCACGCUGCAGCUUAUACAUACUGGAUCUGAAGAUGGUGGUGAAGAAACACAAAUGCAGGUAGUAGAGGAAACUGAAGAUGGUGGGGAUGAUUCCGAGAAAGAGACUGAUCGCGCCGUCGCCGGCAUGCAAGCGGUUGUAUUAGACGCUGAAUUCUGCAUGGACGACGAAGUGAAAGCGGAGUGAAAUAAACCAUAGGUAAUUUUAAUUAAAAACUUAGAACAAUAAACAAUUAUUAAAAUCAAGAACAUUUUUCUGUUUAUUCAACAUAAUAUUACAUGACGACUUCUCUAUGUAUAAGGAUGUUAUUAAAUCCAUGUGAAUGACCAAAAUAUCGAUAUUUGCGUUUCACAUCACUAUUUAUCGAUGUUAGAAAUGUCUAGGAGUUAUCGAUUAAUGUCGAUCGUGAGGGUUUAAUAUUACCCUAUUAAUGUUUAACUGUUAGAAUAUUCCUACAAGGAAAAAAAUACCUAUAGGUACUUUAGGUAUAAAUACCUAUGGCGUAAUUAUGUAGAUCUAUUAAGGUACGAGUUCGCCUGCGGUCGGCUGCGAACUCGUACCUUUAGUGUGUAUUCAAAACUUAACUGGAUGUAAAACAAAAAUGUGUAUAGUAAUGUAUAGACCGUGCAAGUUAUUAUCUCAUGAUAUUAAAUUAAUAUUAAAUAUUAAGCAAAUAAUCUCUAUUUGAACAUUAGAUUUCGGACGAGAUGUGUGUGAUAUCUAUUUUGGAAUAGAGAUUCAUAUUUCAUGUUCAUUUGUAUAAAAAAAAAAACUAAUUAUGUAAAAGUUUAAAAUUUUAUGAUAAAUAGAUAUUUACAUCUGUAGAUUUAUCCAUAAAAUCCAUGAAAUAUUUCCGAUUAUUAUUUCGAUGAAAUUAGCCAAACACAAAAUAUGUACUAUUGUCCAAUAAGUAUGUAAAUUGUUAAAUUUGAUGUGUGUAGGUUUCAAUAUAAUAGAAUCAAAACUAUUCAAUUCAUGUUUUCUACCUACUCUUUAAUACAAUAGAUCUUAAAGAAUUCAAACAGUAAGAGCACUAGUAUUAAUAUGAACUAAAAAAAAAGAAAUAAUUUACUAAUGAAAUAGAUAAAAUAUAAUAAGGUUCAGUUUACUGAACUACUAAAACUACUAAAAGUUCAAACUGAAUACAAAAAUUGUAGCCAAAACUUAAAUUUUACUGUAUACUCUAAUUUCAGCAAAAUUUCAUAACUUAAAGUACUAUGAAGUAUGUAUAGUACCUAAACUUAUUAUGAUUUUGUAGUAAAAAAUAACAUAAACUGUAAAAUAAAGAAGACUUUGAAUAUAAUUAUUAUUGUAAAUAGUAAUUUUAAUGAUCAUCGCGUUAUUUUAUAUUUAAUUACUUAUUUUUAGGUACCUAUUACUUUGAACUAAGAUACCGGCCUUUUCAUACUAUGUAUCUUUGGUAAUAUAACAAAAAUUUAAUGCGCAAAUGACGUUUAGGCUAAUUAUUGGCAGUUUUAAUGGAGUUGCCACGAAUAGUUAUUUGGCCGAAUACCGAAUAUAUAACCUCGGCGCCGAAUAUUCAGGUAUCUCAAAAUCCCAAAAGGUCCCUAAAAAUGGUAGCAAAACAUAUUUGCUAAGAUUUAUUUAUCAUUAACUGGCAGUAGUGUGGGUAUAAAGGCUGUUUUUGGAAGUAGGUAAAACCCAAUAGUCGGGUAUCGAUAAAUGUUUUCAUUCAUCAAAACCGUUACUACAACUUAUUAUCACAUCUUAUUUAAAACUUACCAUUGGUAGAUUAUAAAUAUUAGUAUGUUAAUUUUAAUUUAUUUGUUGGUUGAUUGAACAUCUUUGCGAGUAAUAUUUCGAUUUUUUUUUUCAUGAUUUACUAUUCGGUAUUCGGCUGAACAGUUUACAGUAUUCGUGACAUCUCUAAUAUUCACCGUCUUGUAUAUUUGUUCGCCUCAAUAUCUAUUAAUACUAGUUCCUGUCCUUAGAUGACAAUGUGUAUGUUUAAUUAUUAGUUGAUUUUAAUUAAAUAAUUUAUAAUGUAAGUGAGCAAGAGAAGCUAUGUAAUGUGACAUGGUUUUAGUAUAAUAUGUUAAAAACAUAAUAUUAUGUUGAUGCUAUUACAAUUCGUUCGAAAUUGAUUCUAGGAUUAUAUGAAUAAAGAUCAUGGAACAUGA